AUGAAGAAGUCUGGCUUCGCGAGUGGUGAGGAGCGCGAGAGUCGGGAGCAGACCAGUAGCAGCGGCAGCAACAGCCAAGUGAAGAGGCGGGCAAUGUCCAGGAAGGGGACUAUUGUAAGUUUUGAGGGGAUUUCAUUUGGAAAAUUUUGGGGGAUGUCGAAGAUUGGGUCUUGAGACGAAAACUUGAAAAGCGCUAAAAUUGCUCGUAAAUUGUUCCAAAUGAAUUUUUGUGGGAUUUCUAAUUUUCUUAUAAUCUGAUAAAUUUUGAUUUUGUAAAUUUUAAGCAUCUACUGUUACAAUGCCGUUUUUUGCAAAAUUUUUGGGUCCCACCACGAAAACCCCAAAUUUUUUAAAAGUCCAAAAUUUAGUGUUAGACAGCCUCGCAAUUUAUAUUUCGAGUAUUUUUAGGCUAAUUUUCUUUCCGUCCCCUCUAAUUUUCUAAUCUUUGGUCCCACCACGAAAACCUGAAAGCGCAAGAAAACUGAAAAAUGAGAUGUUAUAGAGUCUGUAGCACUUGCCUAGACUUUUUAGAGUCCUUUUACACAAAUUUUUCGUUUUUUUCGCAAUUUGACAUACACCAUGUUUCAGAGACGGCGCAGUGGUACCGCCAGAGAUCGCGCACCCCCUGCGGAUUGCUCAGAUGAGACUUCCGGCUCCCGCGCAACGACUCCGAACAGAAGCAACCUACCACUUCCGGUGGAGAAGGGAAUCGACGCCUUUCUGAGUGGAUUGGUCAAACUGGGUAAGUGGGAAAAAGUUUUUGUACGGAAUUUUUUGUAAAAUACGUUUGUAGAAGGUCGCAACACGAAAACCUGAAAAUCAAAAAAGUUUGAAAAUUUUAUUAAUGAGAUACCUGGGGUGAGAGGGAGAGGCCGAGUUUGUUUUUUUAGUUCGUCUCUUUUAUGGUGUGUUCUGUACAUUUUUACUUUGGGUCCCACCACGAAAAACUGAAAUUUUUUUGAAAAUUUUGUCAGUGAGAUGGGAUGAGACGGGGGAAACUAAGUGUGUUUUGAAAAUUUUUAUCUCUUCUGCAGUCAUAUUUACGGUGUAUUUAUACAUUUUUUUGAUUUUGGGUCUCAACACGAAAACCUGAAAAUUUUUAAAAGUUUGAAAAAUGGGGAGAAUAGUGGCCUUAGAGGUCGAAAAUGACUUUUUAAAAAAAUAACGCUUGAGUUUAUACCUAAAAUCGGUUUAUUUUCAGGAGUUGAAGGUCUCCGUCAAGAAUUUGCGGCCCUCAAGGAAGUCCAAUCGCCCGACUACAAAACCGACGCAUUUUUGGCCAACAAGUCCAAGAAUCGGUACCGUGACGUCUUUUGCACCGAUCCCACGCGCGUAGUCUUGACGUAUAACGUCCCGCCGGACGGGGAUUACAUCCACGCGAACACGGUGGUCAUUGAUGGCGCCGAGAGAAAUUACAUCGCGGCGCAAGGCCCCACCGACGCGACGGUCGCCGACUUUUGGCGAAUGGUUUAUCAGCUGAACGUGAGCACGAUUGUGAUGUUGUGCAAGGUGGUGGAGGACAACAAGGCCAAGUGCGCACAGUAUUUCCCGAUGACUCCGGGAAAGAGCGAACAAUACGGAGUCAUGGAAGUGGACUGCAAAAAGGUGAGGUUUUAGAGGGUAUUGGGGGGAAAUACAUGUGGAGUUGGGGGAUUUAGGAGGUUGGAGUGGUCGCUAGCAAUUUUUUUUGACAGAUUUUUUGAAAAUUUUUUGAAAAAAAUGGGAAAAUGGUAAGGGGGGACCAAGGUGAUUUUUCAAAAAAUUUUUUUGUCUGUGCUUUCUAAAUACUUGUAAAAAGUUUAGAACAGAUGUUUAUGAGAGAUUUAUGAAUAUUUUAGUUUGCGAUUUGGGGGAAAACCAGCAUUUUUAAGUCAAAAAAUGUAAAAAAAAAUAUUUUUUUUCAGGCCGAAACCGAACAUGGAAUGAUGACCUACACUUUGGAGGUGCUCCCAGACGGAUAUAAUGCGAGCUCGGUGAUUGCCAAAAUUUAUCAGAUGACGGAUUGGCCGGACCGCUCUGUCCCCAAGAACGCAUCGCCCGCCCUGCGAUUGCUGGAGGUUUUGCCGCAAGGCCAGGUUCUGAUCCAUUGUUCGGCUGGAAUUGGACGGACUGGAACGAUCAUCGCGAUUGACUCGGUUUGCCAGAGAUUGAUGAGAGGAAUCGAAACAACGGUAGGGAUUUUUGGGAUUUUUUGAGGGAAAUUUUGAUUUUGAAAUUUUUGGAAAUUUCAAAAAUAUAUUUUUUUAAUUUUUUGAGGGGAAAUUUUGAUUUUUUUGGGUUUUUUGAAAUUUCUUGAAAUAAAAUAUUUUUUUACAAUGUUUUUUUUUUGAUUUUUUGGGUUUUUGAGGGAAAAUUCAUGAUUUUUUUUGGGGUUUUUUUAAUUACGAAAGUAUUUUUUUACAAUUUUUUUUUAUUUUUUGGAUUUUUUGAGGGAAAAGAUUGAUUUUUUUUGGUUUUUCGAAAUUUUUUGAAAUUACGAAAAUGUUUUUUUACAAUUUUUUUUUGAUUUUUUGGGUUUUUUGAGGGAAAAUUCAUGAUUUUUUUUGGGUUUUUUUGAAAUUACGAAAAUAUUUUUUUACAAUUUUUUUUGAUUUUUUGGAUUUUUUGAGGGAAAAUUUAAAUUUUCCUUGAUUUUUUUUUGGAUUUUUUAAACUUUUGAAAGAAAAGUUUUGUUUUAUUUUUUUUAUUUUCCAGAUUUUCGAGACCGUCAAACAAAUCCGCGCCCAGCGUUGCCAAGCCGUCCAGACCGAGGCCCAAUAUGUUUUCAUCGCGUUUGCGUGCGUCGUCUUCCUGAGAAGAAAGUCUGCGGCCUUCAAACCGCUCUGUGACGCCUUCUUCGCUGAAUACAGAAAGUAUCGAAAUGCCAAUUGA